AUGGCACCCUUUCCAAGUUCCACCCCAAGUCCCACCCCCACCCCCGCAACAGCUACGAGCGGCCACUUCACGAGACCCGCGCCAUUAAACAACACCUACACUUCCGAUCCGUCACUGAAGAGAUUACUAGAAUAUGCGGAGCGGAACCAGCCGUAUGUUAAGGGGCAUAAUGUCUGGGGAGAAAAGUAUGCUGUUGAUCGGUUGGUUACGAGUGAGGGGUGGAAGAGACUUGGUGCUUGGGGGGCUGAGAACGGUGUCGUUGCCCUAGGCUAUGAGGAUACGUACGGGAAGGAGAGGAGGAUGGCGCAGAACUAUAUCACCUCCCCAUCCUCCGGCCUAACCUCAUGCCCCGCAAGCAUGACGGACGGCGCCGCCCUAAUUCUAUCCAACGAGAUCGCGCACAAGAACCUUCCAACAACCCACUCCUUCCAAACCACGCUACGCCAUCUCGUCUCUCGAGGUGCCGAUGCCUGGACAUCUGGCCAAUGGAUGACCGAGCGAGCCGGCGGAAGCGACGUUCAGAAUACAGAGACGUGGGCUGUGCACUCGCCACUCCCAACAUCACAACUAAAGACACAGACACAGGAGAAUUUGUCUCUCGACGAAGGCUCGUAUCUGAUAACCGGCUUCAAAUUCUUCUCCUCAGCCACAGACGCAAACAUCGCGCUCCUCCUCGCAAAGACCGCGCCUGCUGGAAAACUAAGUCUAUUCCUCGCGCCGUUACGCCGAACCAUCACUAACGAAGCCGGAAGAAAGCAGGAAGUAAGCAACGGCGUGCGCAUCCACCGACUCAAGAACAAGCUCGGCACGAAAGAGCUCCCCACCGCGGAACUCGAACUAACUAAUAUGCGCGCUCAUCUUGUUGGAGAGCUCGAUAAUGGCGUGCAGACUAUCGCCCCCUUACUCAACAUCACGCGCACGCAUACCUUCAUCGGGAGUCUCGCCGCAUGGCGCCGGGCCCUGGACAUCGCAAAGGCAUUCGCGAGGUCCCGCACGACGGUCGGCGAGCCGCUGUGGCUUAUACCGAUGCAUCUGCGUCUAAUGGCAGAGUUGGAAGGACGGCAUAGGGGCGCAAUGGAACUGGCGUUCUUCACCGUUGCUGUGAUGGGGGUUGUCGAAAACCCCAGCACGCAAAAUGAUCGCAUCCCGCAUCUCCCGAUCCCAGGAAUCGAAGCUACAACCGUCUUCCGAACCCUCACAGCUCUAUCCAAAGCCGUGAUUUCAAAAAUGGCUGUCUCAGCUAUCCAGGAAUGCCAGGAGGCUAUGGGGGGCGUGGGAUACAUGGAUGAGCCCGAGGAGCCCGAGUUCAACAUCUCGCGGAUCCUGCGGAAUACGGCUGUGAAUUGUAUCUGGGAGGGGACGAGCAAUGUGCUCGCCAGUGAGUGCGUGCGGUUCCUGCUCAAGGCGGAGAAUUUCGGCGUGUUUGGUGGGCGGGUUGAGCGUGUGCUGAGUUUGCUUGGAGACGGUGAGAUGGCGGGUGCAUUGCGCGAAGCAUGGAAAGCCUUCAGGAGCCGCUUUACGUCUCUUGCGUCAUUGCCGGCGCUGGCGGUUGCGGAUGCACGGAGGGCGAUGUUCACGCUUGCCUGGAUUCUGUCUGGGAUGUUACUGUUUCUUGAUGCGCGGCGGGACGGGGAUGCCGUGACGGGGGAGAUCGCGCGGCGCUGGGGUAGCGGGGAGUUGGGGGUUGGGGAUACGGUUUGGCGGGAUGUUGUGUACCGCCUUCCAGGACCUGAGUCUGCGAGAGUGGUGAGUGAGGAGACGGUGCGCUGGGAUUGCCGGGUUGCUUGGGGGGUUGAGUUGCCGAGGGUUGUGGGGGGGCAUCGGAGCGUGAAGCUGUAG